AUGGAGGCUGCAAAUGUUUACACACAAGAUGGCACCGUCGACCUCCAAGGCCGCCCUGUCCUCGCGUCCAGGACCGGCCGUUGGAAAGCUUGCUCUUUCCUUCUCGGGUAUGAAGCGUUUGAGAGGAUGGCGUUUUAUGGAAUAGCGUCGAACUUAGUGAAUUAUUUGACCACAAGACUUCACGAAGACACGAUCUCUUCCGUUAGAAAUGUGAAUAAUUGGUCCGGUGCCGUUUGGAUCACUCCGAUCGCCGGAGCUUACAUCGCCGACUCAUAUAUGGGCCGCUUCUGGACUUUUACUGCCUCCUCUCUCAUCUACGUCCUGGGGAUGAUUCUCUUAACAAUGGCGGUAACGGUAAAAUCUCUGAGACCGACAUGCGUAAAAGGGGUAUGCAACAAGGCAUCCUCCUUACAAAUAACGUUUUUCUACAUAGCCCUCUAUACCAUAGCCAUUGGAGCCGGAGGAACCAAACCUAACAUUUCCACAUUUGGAGCGGACCAAUUCGACAACUAUGACCUUAGAGAGAAAAAACAAAAGGUUUCAUUCUUCAAUUGGUGGAUGUUCAGCUCCUUCUUGGGCGCGUUAUUCGCAACAUUAGGACUCGUUUACAUCCAAGAGAAUCUUGGGUGGGGUUUAGGUUAUGGCAUUCCUACCGUAGGGCUUUUGGUUUCUCUCAUUGUGUUCUAUAUCGGGACACCAUUCUACAGGCAUAGAGCCGUAAAACCAGAUAAUUUGGCGAAAGAUUUGGUUCAAGUUCCUAUCACGGCAUUCAAAAACCGAAAGCUUCACUGUCCUGAUGACCUUUUGGAGCUCCAUGAGCUUGACUCCCAUUACUAUAAAAGCACUGGUAAACAUCAAGUUCAUCACACUCCUACCUUCAGGUUCUUGGAUAAAGCGGCCAUUAAGACAUAUACAAGAGAUUUACCUUGUACGGUGACGAAAGUGGAAGUAGCAAAGCGUGUGCUAGGGCUUACAUUAAUAUGGCUUGUCACUUUAAUUCCAAGCACCUUAUGGGCACAAGUCAAUACUCUCUUCGUCAAACAAGGGACCACGUUGGACCGAAAACUCGGAUCCAGCUUCCAAAUCCCUGCGGCUUCACUGGGAACCUUUGUUACGCUCUCGAUGCUUCUCUCUGUGCCAAUUUAUGACCAAUACUUUGUUCCCUUCAUGCGCAAGAAAACCGGAAACCCUAGAGGGAUCACUAUACUCCAAAGGCUUGGGAUAGGGUUUGUGAUCCAAAUUGUUGCAAUCGCGGUUGCUUCGGCUGUGGAGGUCAAGAGGAUGCGCGUAAUAAGGGAAUUUCACAUAACUAGCCCGAAACAAGUUGUGCCUAUGAGCAUUUUCUGGCUGCUCCCUCAGUACUCUCUUCUAGGAAUUGGGGAUGUGUUCAAUGCGAUUGGUUUGCUUGAGUUUUUCUAUGAUCAGGCACCUGAGGAGAUGCAGAGCCUUGGAACGACGUUUUUCACUAGUGGGAUUGGUCUUGGGAACUUCUUGAACAGCUUCUUGGUGACAAUGAUUGAUAAGAUCACGAGUCAGGGUGGACGGAAGAGUUGGAUCGGGAAUAAUCUGAAUGAUUCUAGGCUUGAUUACUAUUAUGGGUUCCUAGUGGUGCUUUCUAUCAUGAACAUGGGAUUGUUCUUGUGGGCAGCGAGCAAGUAUGUUUACAAGAGUGAUGAUACCAAAGAGUUUAGUGGAGGCUGUGUUCAAAUGGAGGCCAAAGCCUUAGACACAUCUCCUCUUAAUAUCUAA